AUUAUAGGCGCAGAACAAGAUUAUUGCAUGGUAUUAGAAAAUGCAUUAAUGUUUUAUAAAAUGAAUAGAGCUGGUCGUUUGCCAGAUAACGAUAUUCCAUGGAGAGGUAAUUCCGCUUUAAAUGAUGCAUCACCCAAUUCACAAAAAGAUGCCAAUGGUGAUGGUAAUUUAAGUGGUGGUUACUUUGAUGCUGGUGAUGGUGUCAAAUUUGCUCUUCCAAUGACAUACUCUAUGACUAUGUUGGGUUGGUCUUUCAAUCAAUAUAAAGAUAACAUUGCCAAAUGUGGUUUAACCAACUUAUACUUGGAUACAAUUAAAUAUGGUACCGAUUGGAUUAUAAAUGCACAUACUGCCGAUAACGAAUUUGCUGCCCAAGUUGGUGAUGGUAAUCUUGAUCAUUCUUUCUGGGGUCCACCAGAAAUGAUGACAAUGAACCGUCCAGUAUAUAUGAUCACCGCUGAUCAACCAGGUACUGAAGUAGCAAUGGAAGCCGCUUCUGCCCUUGCUGCUGCUUCAUUAGCUUUUGCUGAUUCAGAUCCAGCCUAUGCCGCCACUUGUUUAAGUCACGCUAAAACUCUUCAUAACUUUGGUUAUACAUAUCGUGGUUCCUACUCUGAUGUUGUAACCAAUGCACAAGCUUUUUACAAUUCAUGGUCAGGUUAUAAAGAUGAACUUGUAUGGGGUAGUAUCUGGUUAUACAAAGCCACUGGUGAUGCUUCAUACUUAACCAAAGCUAAAGCCGAUUACGCUACCUAUGGUAUUGGUGGUAUGGCUCAAGGCAAUUCACACGAUUGGGAUCUUAAAGCUCCAGGUUGUUCUCUUUUAUUAUCACAAUUAGAUCCAUCUACUUCAACCUAUGCCAACGAUUUCAACAGUUGGUUAAAAUAUUGGUUACCAGGAGGUGGUAUUACUUAUACUCCAGGUGGUUUAGCUUGGAUUAGACAAUGGGGUCCAGCUCGUUAUGCUGCCACUGCUGCUUUCCUUGCUUCCAUGUCAGGUUCAACUGAUGGUACUACCUUUACUGCUGCACAAAUUGGUUAUCUCUUAGGUAAUAAUCCAAAGUCACAAUCUUUUGUUGUUGGUAUUGGUCCAAACUAUCCAAUUAAUCCACAUCAUCGUGCUGCCCAUCACUCUACUACCAAUGAUAUUAAUAACCCAGUUAACAAUUUAUAUCUCUUAAAAGGUGCUUUAGUCGGUGGUCCAGAAUCUGAUGAUUCAUUCUCUGAUGAUAGAACCAAUUACAUUUCAAAUGAAGUUGCUACUGAUUAUAACGCUGGUUUUGUUGGUGCUCUUGCUUCACUC